UCAUCCCCCAUCGUACCUUUUCGACGUUCGUAGUUUGAUCUGUAAUUAUGCCAUGUGAGGUUUAAUUCUCCUGUGUAUUACGCCAGAUCCACGCGAUAGAUCUAAAGUUUGAUCUCUGUGUUCGACGAUCGGGUGAAAUUUGUGGGUUCUGAGCGGUGGAUUCAUCUCACAAUGUCAAACUUAUAUGGAGAUUAUAAUCAAAAGAUCGAUUACGUAUUCAAAGUGGUAUUGAUUGGGGAUUCAGCAGUGGGGAAAUCUCAGCUGCUGGCUCGUUUCGCCAGGAACGAAUUCAAUGUGGAUUCAAAAGCCACGAUUGGUGUUGAAUUCCAGACAAAAACCCUAGUCAUUGAUAACAAGACGGUUAAAUCCCAAAUUUGGGAUACUGCUGGCCAAGAAAGGUACAGGGCUGUGACGAGUGCAUACUAUCGAGGAGCAGUAGGAGCAAUGUUAGUUUACGACAUGACGAAGCGGCAAUCGUUCGACAACAUGGCAAGGUGGCUGGAAGAAUUGAGGAGACAUGCUGAUACGAACAUCGUGAUCAUGCUUAUUGGGAACAAGUGUGACUUGGCGAACCUGAGAGCAGUACCAACUGAAGAUGCACAAGAGUUUGCUCAAAGGGAGAGCCUGUUCUUCACGGAGACAUCGGCACUAGAAUCAACUAAUGUUGAGACGGCAUUUUUCACGGUUCUAACACAGAUAUAUCGAAUAAUCAGCAAGAAAGCACUCACUGCUAAUGAUGAGUUAGAUCCCAAUAGCAAUGCUGCUCUUCUUAAGGGAACCAGGAUUAUUGUUCACAAUCAGGAGAUGCAAACACCUAGUAAAAGUGGCUGCUGCGCAUGAGCCCAACAGCCCCAUCUGUUUUUUGGCCA